GUCACGGACAUCCCGUAUGACCAAAUAAGGAAAGUGACACAUGAAUCUUGAGUUGAAUAGGAACAGUUUUCAGCAUUAAUGAGCUGCAAAUCAACGAGGCAUUUCAAAGUGGAAAGUCAGACUCAGACCACAGGCUGUUGCUCUGUGCAAGAUCGCCGGCAAGCGAGCUCAGCCCAGCUGCUUCAGGUUUCUCACAGGGUUAAAGAGGAAGCAGUUCCGCCCUCAGAAGCUGCUCAGGGUUGAGGUAAAAGACAAUCAGAAAGAAUAGGGAAGAACCCAGCAGCCGAGCUGUUUCUGUCCCGACUCUAUCAAGACGAAACUAGGUCCUAAACUACACCGCCGGACUUUGGAGGACUUUGGUACCCAGGUGUGGCUCUGUUCGCUAACACGUCGUCGGGGAAAAAAACAUGCGCACGAUAAAUUUAAGUCUGAAACUGUGGCGAUAGAAGUGCCGUGUGUUUGAAGCUCUGGUUAACGCUAGAGAGCUGGGGGGAUUUUGUUUUGGGUUUUUGGGCGCGAUCUGGUGAACCAGGCCUAGAAACGCUUUUUAUUCUUCAAAGAAAGUUUCCCCAUCAGGAAUGAGUGGGGAAGAAGAGAGAUUCAAACUGGUGGUGGUGGGAGGAGGUGGAGUGGGGAAGAGCGCCCUAACCAUCCAGUUUAUCCAGUCCUACUUUGUGUCAGACUACGACCCCACCAUCGAAGACUCCUACACCAAGGUGUGCACUGUGGAUGGGAAGGAGACUCGGCUAGACAUUCUAGAUACAGCUGGCCAGGAGGAGUUUGGUGCCAUGAGGGAGCAGUACAUGCGCUCUGGAGAAGGCUUCUUACUGGUGUUUGCUCUCAAUGACCGGGGCAGUUUUCAUGAGGUCCAAAAGUUUCACACCCAGAUCCUGAGGGUAAAGGACAGAGACGACUUUCCCAUGGUGCUGGUUGGAAACAAGGCUGACCUGGAGCAGCAUAGAGUGAUCUCCAGGGAAGACGCUCAAGCGUUUGCCAGAGAGAACAAGAUCCACUACAUGGAAGCUUCUGCCAAGAAUCGCUACAAUGUGGAUGAAGCUUUUAUGGAGCUGGUGCAGAUCAUCAGACGGUUUCAGGAAAUGGAGAGUCCUCCUCCUCCAACUCAACAAACUAGGAAACAAAACAGUCGUGGCUGUCCCUGUGUCAUCCUGUAGGCAUCGUUACUAUGGACACCAAACCCUCAUCCCACUUGAGCUUGUACAAAGAAAUGUGUUUGUGUGUGUGUCAGAGUGAGUGACAGAUAAGGUCUAUCAACCAAUCUUCCAGAACAUUUUAUUUGUCAUUUACUGAAAACUAUUUUUUGUUCAGCCUA